ACUUCCGGUCUGGCGCUGCAGCUCGCGUGCGUCUUGACGCAGGCAGCUCCGUCUGUAGCUGCUGCUGGCUGCUGCAGGCGUGCAAUUUGCGGCAGCGGAGAUACCCUUGCGAUAUGCCUUUUGUAUUCCCGGGUGUUUUUUGGGGGGUUUUGUUUUGUGCUUCGCGAGGGUCAGAUCACAGUGUUUGUAGCCAUGCUCUGUGGUGGAUUCAGCGGGCUGUCCUAGCUGACUGAGCCGCUACAGCAGCGGUGGGUCCGGUGCAGUGCACAGCCGGGGAUGAGGCCUACUUGUUAAAGCUCCCCCACCACCCCUCCAUCGUGAUGGCUGAUGAUCAACAACAACCUGGUCAGAAGCCUGCCUCGGGAUUAGGCUCUCUUCCAGCGCUGGUGCCAGGACUCCAGGGGCCCGAGGCUAACGCGUUACAGUUCAAAAUAAAGAAUUCAAUUUGCAAAUCUGUACAAUCAAAAGUGGACAGCAUAUUGCAAGAUGUUGAGAAGUUUACAGACAUCGAAAAGCUCUACCUCUACCUUAAGUUGCCUUCUGGUCCCAGCAGUGGCAAUGAUAAAAGUUUCCCCAUAUCUAUUCAUCACCCCAACCCCCAAAUUCUGCCCAUUUGGACUGAGAAUGAGAGGGGGUCCUCCACUCCUGGAUUAUGUGAUCAGAGUUCCAUGUCGUCAAGCCGUACUCAACAGAUGUAUGCAUUCAACUGGAUACGCAAUCACCUAGAAGAGCACCCAGAGACUUCCCUCCCAAAGCAAGAGGUGUAUGAUGAAUACAAGAGCUAUUGUGACAAUCUCGGCUACAAUCCACUGAGUGCAGCAGACUUUGGAAAGAUCAUGAAGAAUGUCUUUCCUAACAUGAAGGCACGUCGUCUGGGAAUGAGAGGCAAAUCCAAAUACUGUUAUAGCGGGUUAAGGAAGAAAGCUUUUGUUCACAUGCCAUCCCUACCCAACCUGGAUCUUCAGAAGUCUGGUGAUGGGUGUGAACUGAUGGAGCCAACAGGCCAGUCUCCGAGUGCUGAAGAUGAAAUGAGGUCUGCAGCUUGUGGAUUAGUGUGUGAGUGGGCUCAAAAGGUCCUGAGCCGUCAGUUUGACAACGUGGAGGACCUGGCUCGUUUCCUGCUUAAUAGCCACUACAUUGGUACUAAGUCCAUGGCUGCACUCACUGUUAUGACCGGAACACCCACAGGAAUGAAGACACCAACUCCAGCUUCUGCGUUUGUGCCGACAGCGGAGUCCAACUCAUUCCAGCCCCAGGUGAAGACCCUGCCCUCGCCUUCUGUUGAUGCAAAGCAGCAACUGCAACGCAAGAUCCAGAAGAAGCAGCAAGAGCAGAAGCUCCACUCACCCCUGCCCACUGACUCCCAGGUCAAGAGAACAGAGGCCAGUACCCCAGGCCCCACGAUCCCCUGUGGCAGCCCUGCUCUGCUCUCCCCUCAGCCUACCAUAGGCAUCGUAGUAGCAGCUGUCCCCAGCCCAGUGACGGUACAGAGAAGCAGGCAGUUGAUGACCUCACCCAGUCCCGUAGGGACAGCCGAAGGAAAAGUGUUGCCUGUGAACUUCCAAGUGGUCACUCAGUCUCUCAAACAGUCCCCCAAAACUCCUCAGAAUAUCUCAGCUAGUCCUGUAGGUGACCGGCUGGCGCGACACAGUACACGGUACGCCCAAAUCCUGCCUAAGCCCUCUGCCACCAGUGCCAUCACGCUGCGUUCACCCCCCACCUUGCUCAUCACCAACAGCCCAAUAAAAACUGUGAUGCCCACUCCCCACGUCAGCUCAGUGAACGUGGUGAAGAUGACAGCCAUCGCUCUCGCUCCCAGCAGCAGCAGCAGCAGCAGUAGUAGUAACAGCAGCAGCACUUCUGUGCGACCCGCCUCAGCUGGCGUGAGCACCACCGCUGCUUUGGAGGAAUCCCAGCAGUUACAAAGUGGGAGUUCUGCUGCGCCCCAGUCUCCUGCAGUCAGACCUAGUGCUCCUGCCUCUACUCCCACCCCCUCUGCUGACGCCAAAGUGGUGUCUGAAGCCGGAAAUGACAAUAACUCUGCCUCUGGCACAGAGAAAACUGCUGUAGGAGCCAAAGAGGAGAGAGUGGCAAAGUUCAGGGCUGCUAGUGAGCCAAGUUUCCUUGUUAAAUGUUCUCCAGGACCAGACAAAGGGGCGAGGAUAAAAAAUGACCCCACAUCUCCUCCUACUUCUGUAGCUGCAGCUGGGACUCAGGACAGCAAUAACAGUAACUGCCAUGACAGUACUUUGUACUUGACUGUUGAUAAUCAGAACUCCAGUGUCAACACAUCAUCUAGUGGCUCCUCUGCUGUUACCCCAACAUCAAAGGAUCCCUGCGCAGACGCCAAGAGCCCCAGGAAGCGCACAGGCGGGGAAUCCCAUGCAAUUCCAGUGAAGAGGGUGUUUAUAUCCCAGCAGCCGCUGGCUCUAGUUGACAAUCCCAAACCCGGAGUCAGCGCUGCAGUGAAGAGGAUCCCCAGACCAGGAACCCCUGCUAGACCAGAGAGUGCCCCCUGCAAAGUGAAACACACUUCUAUAGGGCCCACACAGAUCCUUGCACUCUCUGACUCACCCAUCACACACACUGAGAGCACCCAGACUGUUGUCAAACACCAAGACCUGGUGGUGAAACACGAAGACCCUUCUGUCAGCCCCGAUACCAGCACUGGGGCUGCGGGAAAUAACACGACCGAUCAGGCGCUGCUGCAGCAGAUCACUGGGGAUCCUUGUGCCAUACAAGCCAACUCAGGACCACACGAAGCCUCUGUGAUGAGUGAGUUAAAGAGCACAAUAUGGGAGGAGGGGCACCUUGAUGAGCUUCGCAAGCAGGCGUUUGCCCAGCAGAUACCAGCAGAACACAAACAAGCCCCUGCUGACCAACUUUCCAUUAUAGCCCAACCCUCUGAAGCCUCGGGCCAGCUCACCCUCACGCAGGAAAUGGUUGAUUUUGCAGGUUCUCAGACCAACAUGGACUAUUUCCCAUUCAAUGAUGAUGACAUGACCCAAGACAGCAUUGUGGAGGAGCUAGUCCAAAUGGAGGAGCAGAUGAAGCUGAAGGGUCUGUUCGGUAAUUGUGUGGAUGUGUCCCUGCAAAGUCAGUCAGCCAACAGUCAAGGCUCUAUCCUCAGCACUCACCAGGCCUCUACUACCUUCUACCCGUCUGCCCACAGCAGUACAACUCCAGUCCAAACCCCCACGCCGACACCAACCCCGACACCCACCCCUACAUCUGAAAUGACGCUCGCUCACAGCCUGACGAGGGAGAGCCCGUGCUCCCGUAUGGCUCCCAUAACCCCUGUGGAUGGAGCCAUGGGUCGUCACACCCCUAUCAGUACACCACUGUCCAACUGCAGCAGCAGCGUCCCCCCGAGCCCCGUGGAGUGCAGGAACCCUUUUGCUUUUACUCCCAUUAACUCGAGCAUUACAGGUUACCACGAUGCCAGUAUUGUCUCCAGCAGCCCUGUCAAGCCCAUGCAAAGGCCCAUGGCAACCCACCCUGACAAGGCCAAGCUGGAGUGGAUCAACAACCGCUACAACAGCAACUCUUCAGGUCCUUUGUCAAACCAUAGCAUCGGCAUCCUGCCCAGCUACCAAGACCUGGUGGACGAUCAGUUUCGUAAGCCACAUGCAUUUGCAAUUCCUGGCCAGUCAUUUCAGUCUCAGUCAAGACAGGAUGCUGCUCACUUUGGCCGUUUGACCCCGAUCUCUCCAGUUCAGCAGCAGCCACAGCAGCAGCAGCAGCAGCAACAACAGCCGCAACAGCAACAACAGCAGCAAAUGGUAACAACUCCUACAAAACAAGAGAGUUUUGCUGUGCCGGCACCAUUAGAUAGCAAGGCUUCAUCCUCGUCUACAUCUAGUACUUUCCGUUGCCGCAGUGUUAGCCCAGCAGUGCGCCAGAGAAACUUCAGUGGCAACACUGGCCCCGCGACCACCACAACAAGUACCACCACGACAACGCGCGCUGUGGUUUCACCUUUUAACUCCCCCAUCACCUCCGAGGUUCUCAGCAUCCUGUCGAACAGCCAGACUGUCACCUCUGUCCACAGCAUGGUCCAGCGUAGCCAAUCUGUACCUCUGAACAUCAUGAUGCAGAGUGAGAUGCUGCCCGUGCAGGGUCAGAGCAACACGGCCAAAAUCACGAAUGUUCUCCUCAGCAAGAUGGAAGCGGACGGGGAUGAGUCUGUCCGCGGUCUAGGCAUAAACAACCUCCCCUCUAACUACACGGCCCGUAUGAACCUCACACAGAUCCUGGAGACCACCCCUGGCUUUGCUGCAGGGACUGCUCAUCAGACUCAGCUGCCUGUCAGCUCCAGUCCUGCUGCCUUUGAGCUCCAGCAGCACGGCUACCUCACCACCGGAAGUGGAGAACAGGGAGGUUUCUCUGCUGGGGACAGCCAAGCACAAGUGGGCUCUGGUGAACAAGACCAGCAACAGCAGCAGCUGCAGGAGAAUCCAGUGCAAACGCAGCCACAGCUGCUCCUCCAGAGCACACAGCAGCAGGAGGUGGAGGACGAACAGCAACAGCUGGAUUUCAACAACACUGUCAAGGACUUGCUGGGGGACGAUGGCCUCAACCCCAGUUCCCAGUUGGUAGGUCAGGUAGCUUCGGAGCUCAACGCCGUGGCGUCUGACUUCUCAAACGAUAUCAGACUGACCUCAGAUCUGUCCAGUAGCAUCACUGACCUUAACACGUUGGACACCAACUUGCUGUUUGAUCCCAAUCAACAGCAGGAACAAUAUGAAGACUCAACACUGGAAGAACUGAAGAACGACCCGCUUUUUCAGCAGAUAUGCAGUGAUACUGUGAACUCUGGUUUUGACUGGCUAGAAAGCAAAGACCAGCCUACUACAGUAGAGAUGCUGGGUUAAUGUUAUCUUUUAUUCUGUAAGACUUCUGUUCUCUGUUGUUUGGUUUUGUGCAUAUGUAGUAAAUCUGUUUUUAAACUCUAGUUUGUUGGGAUUUGUCUGGACUUUGCCAUUUGUUCUGUUCAAAGUGCCAGGCGUACCAGAAAAUCUCUCCUACACGCGAUGUUUAAUUGAUCCCUUCCCCUUUUUUGGCAUUUGUCACCCAGAGUUUCAGUGUCGAACCACUUUCCUCCCUCAUCUGAGUUCUCUCGGUGGCCGCGUGCACUUACUUAAGAACGUCAGGAGAAGGGUAAUCUUCAAUAAUGCAAUAUUUGUAUUUGCUGAACAAUUAAGGAAAGAGAGAUGGGUAGGAAAUUUGGCACAAGAGACUUCACCAAAAAAAACAAAACAACAUAUGCUUUCGCAGUUCAAAUUCAACCAAAUGGAGACGAUAUUGUAGUAUAUGCACAUGUUAGUUGUAGUACAUUUGCCUGCCAUAUCUGAAUAUUUAAAAGGGUAGCCUCUUAAGCUGCCGGGUGCUGAAUUUAUGACAUGAUCUUUAUCAUAUACCAAAUCAGUGGAAAAACUGAUUCACAUCUGAGCAUUGUCCGAGAGUGAAAUUUUCUUAAGCCUAUACUUCUUGUACUGUUUAUUAUCUUAUAAAGGGAGUAGAUGAAUCUGUAGUGAGAAGAUGGGGAUUCAGGCCACUUUGUGGACGAUACAUUGAAAGGAAUCAACAACUGGCUGCCUUAUUUCCAAAGUCCAAGGCCUUACGCCAUCUUUAGAGAGACUGUACAUAGUAUAAUGUUAAGAUAUCUUCAGAACCAUCCAGAGCUUCAUCAUAUCAAGGCAGCUGUUACUCUGAUAUUUUCAAUACUACUUCUUAUUGUUUUUGUUCCGCAGUGUUUCAAUAUAGAUAUGUAUUGUAUAGGCUAACGACUACACUGUGUGUGCCCUUAUCGUUAAAGAAUUUAGAGGAAUUUGAUAUGCCGUCAUUUCACGAUACCAUGGCAGGCGCACUCACAGUCAUGAGGUUGUUUUUAUUUUAAUGGGGGUUUUUUGGCAUGCUAUACGCCCAGCUUGGAUAAGAAUAUCAAUGGUAUGGAGAAGGCUCAUUUACAAGGGAGGAUGGAGGCUGAAGUGUGUUCUGAUGUCAUCUUGAGAUCAAGAGGAAAUUGCAUUAUUAUGUUUGUGGAGAUCCAGCCUUAUGUCCAUACCAAAGAUGCUCUGUUUGAAAAUCAUAAGAGAUUAUUACACGUAGAAACACUCCUAGUAAACAUUAACAACAACGGGGAGCGGGCAGCCUCAGAGAUAUAAAAGAGAUCUAUUGCAUUCGCAGAAAAGGAUUAAGUUAGAUAAAUCUUAUGUACAGUAUGUAUAUUUGUGAAAUGGUCACUGUCCUAUGUUUUAUAGGUAACCAUGGACCUGAAAGCAUGUUGAAACCAUCACUGCUAGCCAGGUAGGCUAAGUGAUACAGUAGGAUGCUUGCUUGAGUUUUUUGGCUAUUGUCAAUGUUGUAUAAGUCAUGUUUAAGCUCCAUCUGUAAAUAGGAUAGAUACAUAGAGAUUUGAUGUAUCAAGACACUAUAUUAUGGCCAUUAUUCUAGCUAAGUAUGUGCCAUUUAAAAGAGGAAAAAAAAGCAGAUUUAUAGUCAGCAAGAUACUGUAUGUUGUGUGUUACAUUUCUGGCUCAGUGUGUCGUAAAAGUAAUGCUGUCUGGUCUCGCUUGCUGAUUAUGUUUUUUUUCCAUUAGUUUUAUUUUUUUGUUCUAUUCAAAGGUCUCUACAGUUGCAGAAGUGAUGUGUGCUUUGAGCAGGAUCAAUAGCAUGGUAUAUUGAGAAAAAAAAAGUUGUGAUACUGUUAGCUGGUUGCAAACAUCUCUGUGACAGACAUUGUGCUCAAAGUCUUUCAGCAGACACUGGAAAAAAAAAAAGAAAAAAAGCGAUUACUCACGUUUCAACAAACUUUGGAGGUUCACGUUAUUGCACUAAAUUUUUAUGACACAUGGCUUUGCCACAUCUUUAUGGACAAAUGUAAUGAUGGAUGCCCGCAAAAAAAAAAAGAGAAAAAAUGAAAAAAAAAAACAGUUUUUUACAACAAAACGAGUAAGGAAGUUUCAGUGAAUUGUCAGAAAAUGACUAAUUGUCUUGUAGCAAAAUGUGCAUUAAUCUCAGUGAGAUACACAUUUCUUACUCAUUCUCUUACAUGAGAAUAUAAAGCAUUGAGGGGAAAAAAAAAGUUAAAUAACCUUUUAAAACCUACAUGCUCAUUAUGUUGAUAAAUGAUUGUACGCACGCAUGUGUGAUUACUUCUGUUGUACGUUGUAUUCUUGGUAACCACUGUCUUCUGUGAUUUGGGCAGGUUCUGUUAACCAGACUGGCAGUGCUAGUUUCAUGAGUUACAUUAUUUUCGUUGUGUGCUGUUUACUAAGUUAAUGUUCUUCUAUAUGUUAUGUUGACUGUUUUCUGACAAUUUUACAUAUUCUUUUUUGUUUGUUUGUUUGUAUUUUGUUUUUGCAAAAUGCGUUUUGUGAAGAGUAUUUUACUUUAACAUUUUCUCUUAAUUUUUUUUCUUUAACAAUAUGGCACUGAUAUUUGAAUUUGAAUGAAGGAAAUGCACCUCUUUAUGAGUUCCGAAGCUCCAUCAAGCAGUGAUUCUUUACCUUUGACUGACCCAGACCCAACUCUGUCAGACUAUCUUGUCCAUUUCUACCAGUAGAAAAAAAAAAGAAAACCCUCCUCUGUGGUGUUGUCUGGUGUUUCGCUUAAUGUACAGUAGCUUGUUAAUAUUGCAAUCGCGUUGUUUCUUUUUUCAAUGGAAAGUACUCACUGGUGAGAUUUUUAAAGUGGUUUUAAAAGCCAAUAAACUUUUUUAAAGAA